CACCUCCCUUUAGCAUUUUGCUUACAGCUAUGAAGCUGGACCUACCCCUGAUUUAUGUUAGUCCUCUGAAUAAGUGUCAAUGUAAAAUAAGCAAGUUAGAAAGGCGUUUUCUGUUGGAUUAAAUGGCACGGGUAAUUUCUUGUUCAUACUGACUUGGGGAAAGCAUUGGUCAGCUGUCCAUCAGUGGACCAGUCUGCAGACCUGACAUGGACUUGAAGCUUUUAGCGUUUCUUCUGAACUUGGAGUUAUUUCUGCGCGUGCCUUUAUCUCAAGCUGUGAGCGCUUCACUGAAGCCUGGAGAUGCCGAGGUUUUUCUUGAGAAAUAUGGUUACCUCCAUGAGAAGGAUCACACCCACGGUGAAGUCUCAUCAGCUGUCAGGCAGUUUCAGUGGUUGUCCCAUCUGCCCGUCACUGGUAGACUGGACAGUACCACGUUGUUGAAGAUGGCGACACCGCGCUGUGGGGUGAAAGACAGAGGAAGCAAUAAAGCCUGGGCACAGCGAGUUAACUCUAUUUUUACAGGACAAAGCCAACAGCACAUCCGCAAGAAGCGCUACACUCGACCAGGAGGGAAAUGGUACAAGCAGCAUCUGACAUACCAGAUAGUGAACUGGCCACGGCAUCUGUCCCAGGGUCCCGUGCGGCUGGCAGUGCGAACGGCUUUCCAGCUCUGGAGCAACGUUUCAGGAUUGGUUUUCCAUGAAUUGAGCGAGGGGCCGACAGACAUCCGGCUGGCUUUUUAUGAGGGAGAGCAUAACGAUGGCACUAGCAAUGCAUUCGAUGGCCCAGGUGGUGCCCUGGCACAUGCUUUUUUCCCAUGCAGAGGUGAGGCUCACUUUGAUAAAGCUGAGCGCUGGACUCUGAGCGGCCACAAAGGUCAUAACCUUUUCCUGGUCACUGCUCAUGAAAUUGGUCACACACUGGGAUUAGAGCACUCACCAGUCCGCCACGCUCUCAUGUCACCAUACUAUAAGAAGCUUGGCCGCAGUCUGCUGCUCAGCUGGGAUGACAUUACCGCUGUGCAACAAUUAUACGGUAAACCAUCUGGAGGUGCAGUGGUCCAGAUCCCAAGCCAAGAUCUUAGCUGGGCCAUGCAGGAUUGGGAGUUAUCUCAGGAGCCUAUGGGAGAUCUGACCCAGCCCCACUAUUGCAGGAACACAUUUGAUGCAAUUACGAUGGAUGGGAACGGCACAGUGCUGGUCUUCAGAGGUGGUCUGUUCUGGACGGUGACGUCCGAGGGUAAUGUAAGUGCUCCACUUCCCCUGAAGAAGCGUUGGCCUCAGCUUCCAUUCGCCAUCGAGGCUGCUGCCUUCUCCCCACUGGAUGGCAAACUUUACUUUUUCAGCGGCAAGUACAUAUGGCGAUAUUCAGGCACAGUUUUGGACCUCAGCUUCCCCAGGAAGAGCAGCGAGUGUGACAUGCCACGACACCCAGACUGCGCCUUCUUCUAUGCUCCUCUGGGCCACAUGGUGGUCUUUAAAGGCUCACGCUACUUUGUGUUAAACCUGGAGACACUGCGCUCUGAGCCAUACUACCCUAGAGGUCUUGCUGAUUGGAAGGGAGUACCACGAGGGACCAACGGUGCCGUGACAAGAGCCGACGGACGGCUUUAUUUUUUCCGUGAACAGAAGUACUGGAGGUUCGAUCCAAGGAAACUACGUGUCACCGCAAGCGGACAAUGGACAAAGAAGCUGGCAUGGACUGGCUGCAAUACAACUCCCUCAAAUGACGUGCUGUGACCAGAUUCAAUGGUGAAGUGAAAUGUUCUCGAACAGUGCAGGGGAGCGACGUGCAAUUCAACAGAAUACUGAAAAGGGCUUUUUAUUUUGACAUGUGAUUGUUUUUUUCUGUCUGGUGCUAAACUGAUGCUGUUGUAUGGAGGGACAAGAGGAGGUAGUGUUGUAUAAUCAUGUGGAAUGAGUCUAGAACAAAGGUAUAGAACGUGACAAUAUUUUGGGUGCUGGUACUGUUUACAAGAUGUGAUUUGAAUUUAAUCACAUUUAAUCACACAAUUUUUUUUUUUUCAUGCCACUAUAACAUGCAAUCGUAUUAUGUAUUGUAAUUAUGAUGAGAAUUAUUUUUUAAUUUUUUAAAUGAACUGACCUCAGAUAGAUGGGCCAACAACAUACACUGUAUUGCCAAAAGUUUUGGGACACCCCUCCAAAUCAUUGAAUUCAGGUGUUGUUUUUCAGGGGUCGGGUUUGGCCACUUAGUUCCAGUGAAAGGAACUUUUAAUGCUUCAGAUAUUUUGGACAAUUUCAUGCUCCCAACUUUGUGGGAACAGUUUGGAGAUGACCCCUUCCUGUUCCAACAUGACUGCACACCAGUGCACAAAGCAAGGUCCAUAAAGACAUGGAUGAGUGAGUUUGGUGUGGAGGAACUUCACAGAGUCCUGACCUCAACCCAAUAGAACACCUUUGGGAUGAAUUAGUGCGGAGACUAGGAGCCAGACCUUCUCGUCCAACAUCAGUGCCUGACCUCACAAACGCGCUACUAGAUGAAAGGUCAAAAAUUCCCAUAAACACACUCCUAAAACUUGUGGAAAGUCUUCCCAGAAGAGUUGAAGCUGUUAUAGCUGCAAAAGGCAAGCCAACUCUAUAUUACAUUCAUGUGCAUAUGAAGGCUGAUGUCCCAAAACUUUUGGCAAUAUAGUGUAUCUAUUCAUUGAUGAAGUGAAUCAUAUUAAUAUUAAUCUUUAUAUUACUUGUCAGUAUAUAGAGAUGAAAUUGCACCAGGGAUAAUCACCCCACUGUUUGUCAUUUUUAAAUCAUUUCUUAUACCUAUUAAAGACUCCACACAACCAUUCUGCCAACCUGAAU